UCGAUUGUCAAACAGCUGUCUGUAGUGUCAAGAACUUAGCGUUUUGGUGCAUUUUUUUUUUUUUUUUUGGAUUUAUGUGAAAUUUUACACAAAAAACGAGGAUAUUCAUAGUAUGGUAAGAGCGCUGUCAGGACCUCCAGCGGUUUCAGCACCUAAUAGUACAAACAAACCUCGGUACACCUGCAAAUUGUGAUAUGAUUCGCAUUGCCUUAAAUAUUACGUUUUCUAAGCCAUGGAUACUGCAGAACCAGAAGCAACAGCACCAGCUGCCCAGUCAAAUGCCGACUCCGGCACAUCGAAAACCGAAAAAACCGACAGUGCUCCCACGGAGCCGUCGUCGUCUGCGGCUGCGUCUGCGUCUGCGUCGGCGCCAGGGUCACGCUACAACAGCCGGCACGGUCGCGAUGGAAAUAAUGCUGGUCGCACAGGUGGUCACUGGGAUUCGACGGACCAUUGGCAGCAAAACAAUCACUACGCGCAGCGAAGGAUAAACGAGCGAUGGAACAGGGACAUGGACAGGGACAGGGACAGUGACUCCUUCUUCAAUCCUCGGUUUUCGAAUAGCAAUAAUCCGUAUCAGCGAAAUCGUCCACCAAACUAUCGCUGGCAGCGCAACGAUUAUUCAGAUAGAUCAUAUUACGGACAAGAGAGGUACUCCAGAUAUGAACGCAGAACAAGUGAAGACCGGCACAAUUGGGGCUACAACCCUACCAGAAAUAAUGGGGGCGAUCAAAUUAGACAGUUCAAUCGAAAUCCCGAAUCAAAAGAACUGAAAGAAACUGAAAUCGAUUGUGAAUCGAAAAGAGCUUCUAAAGCGGGUUUGCAACCUCUGGAAACGCAAAAAAAAUCCAAAGAAAAUCCAGAAAAUAAAGAAAGUCCAUUUAGAGGCCAGUCAAAUCCAAAAGGAGGGGUUUCUAGAUCAAACAAGUGCGAUAUCCCCGCCCGAAGUAAGAAGAACAAUCAAAAUCACAAAUCACAAGAACUGAAACGAACAGAAGUUGAUUGUAAAUCAAAAGGAGCUUCUAAAGCUGAUACUUGCCUUCUGAAAACACCAAGCAAUUUGAAAGAACAGCCAGAAAAUAAAGAGAGGCCAUUUAGUGGCCAGUCAAAUAAAGAAAAAGCAGCAUUGGGAGGGGAUUCUAGUCAAAUCAAAGUCCCCAAACCCAUUGCUACCAGGUGCAGCAAGGAAUUAAGCUUCUCAGGAACCUUCCGCGACCACGAUCAAACUCCAACUAAAGCCAAUGAGAAACCCAGUGAGAAUCCCCCGCCAGCAGCAGAGUCUGAGUCUAGUCAAACAUAUCCCAAGAUCAAAGUACGUCCUUUAACAGAGCUGCUGAACCACGAGAUCCAAGCUGCAACCGAGAAGAACCGCCUAGGACGCACUGCCCCACCCGAAAGACCGCCGAAUCCUUUGUCCUACAGACCUGCCCCCAAAAUUCGCCGACUUACUGUGGCUGGCAGUGGUGCCCUCGAUCCACCGGAUAGUCCUACCUCAAUCAAAAGUCACCUCGCGACCCUAGACAAGGAGAGCCUCAAGUAUAUAAUCAACAACAGUGACACCAUAUACGAGGAGCACCUCAAGUUCCAGGCCCGAAAACGACGAAUGGACGAAAUUGGUCGCCAGCUCAAGAAAUUUGAUCUUGAAAAGCCGAAGGAAAGCCGGGUCACGUUACCGAUUGAAGACGAGAUCGUUGAUGACAUCGACUUACCAAAAGCACUGCUCCAAGAGAUCGAAAAGUGCCUUAGCAUAAGCACUUCAGAGGCUGACGGAAGCAAGUCAAGUCCACAAAAGGAGAAAGUGGCAUUAGAGAAACGAGAAAUCCAAACGGAACCUAGCAUUAAGAGAGGGGAGUGCAGUAAAAAUAGUCCAGAGUCCAAACAGGAACAAGAACAAAACUCUAGCAUUAAGAGCGGGCAGUGCAGUAAAAUUCCAGAAAAAGAAAAGAACUCUAGUCCCACAGAAAAGGAGACCCCAACAGAGACAAUGGCUGGUGCCAAUAAUCUGAUGAGACGGCUCAAAGCCGCCGACGAGGUGAAGACAAUGACCGCAGUGCGUCAAUAUAAUGGCCGUCUCAAUGGCAGCUUACCGCCCCGCGGUCCUUUGCUACCAUUCCCAAAACAAGACAAAAAGUUGAGCAGUGGCGAGAGGCAAGAACGCAAAGUAGGCAUAUCCUCGCCCAAGAAAGCCAAACCAAAAGAUAAAACUAAAGAGAGCACUCCAAAGGAUACCGCUCCAGCCCCCCCAGAAGCCACACUUUCGAUCAAAAAGGAGAUCACAGACUGCGAAAUAAUUCAGCCGACGGGUAAUGCAACAAUAGUUGUCAGCUCUUCCUCUGAUGAAGAUGAGGCUGAAGCUGAAACUGUGGAUAAGCCUCACAACAAGACACAACCGCAGCGGCAGGCAACCGCAGUGGCAAAACCCAACGAUGAAGAAGCUAGUGAUCACUCGACCACUUCUCAAUGCAGCACCGAGUCCUCUAAGCGGCGCUACAGGCAGAGGCUAAAGCUUGAUGCGGCCUAUGUGGUAGACAGUUUCGAGAAGCUGAUUCUGCCGCAUCUCAAGGAAUCGCUAGCAGAGAGAUACAAAAGCCUGAAUAGCGACAGUAUACACACUCGUCUGCACUUCAUAUCCUGCGUUGUGACAUCCAGCGACCACAAUUCCCAAAGCAUCAGCAAAAUGGAAAUAGCCAAAAUGCAAAAUAAUCUCAAGCUGCGAAACAAUCGGCAGGGCAUUGAGUUCCUGCUGCGGCAGAUGGUGCAUGUGGUUAAUCAGCAGAAGCAGCAGGCGGCGGCAAAGCGUUCAAAGGAACAGGAGGCGAAAAAGCUGAGCAAUAGGAUUAGCACGGUGACGAGUGCCGCCUCAGAGAGUGCUGAAUCUGCAAAAGAGCCGCCGCCACAUCAAAGAUCCCUGGGGGAAACUGCAGUGGCACCACCCUCUAGUCAGAGUCCUCGUCAGAGUUCUCCCUCGCCGUCUUCUCGUCAGAGUCCACCAGCAUUGCCUUCUCGUCAGAGUCCACCAGCAUUGCCUUCUCGUCAGAGUCCACCAGCAUUGCCUUCUCGUCAGAGUCCACCAGCAUUGCCUCCUCGUCAGAGUCCACCAGCAUUGUCUUCGCUUCAGAGUCCACCAGGACUUCCCUUUCUUCAGAGCCCACCAGCCUUGCCCCCGCGUCCAAUUAUCCCACCAUUUUCUGUUUAUCCGUCUGGAUUUCUGGAUUCCACAUUGGCUCGAGUCUCCCCAGGCGUCUAUUCCCUGUCCGAAUCCACUGAUCUUCUGGAACUUUCGAAUGACAUGGUGGCCCAUUAUCUUGUCGAAAUCGAUCUUCGUCUCUUGGAGAAUCAGAAUAGACGUAGCCUUCUCGAGGAAAUGAUCAUGAAAUUCCAAAAGGAGAAAUCCGACUUGGAAAUUCACAGCCUGGAGCUGCAAAACCGCAAGUUUCUGCUGCUCAAUUUAGCGAUCUGCAGGAACCAUGGACCAGCAACAGCAUCAUCUUUGAUACUCUCCACGCUUGCUACCCCGGUAACAGCAGCGGCCACAAACUCGCGGCCUCCGAUUGCAGAGAGCCAGGCAGAAGUUUUGGGGGAGUCUUGUAAUAAAAGCGAGGCUUCUUCGAACCAAACACAAGCCAGACGCAAGGGUCGCGUUCGUCGGGCUGUGGUGGUCAAGUACUUGCCCAAGCGUAGGGCAAGAUUCAAUCGUCGGACAGCCAAGAGGAAUGAUAAUUCAGACGAGUUGGUGGCUCAGCUCCAGCUGGAGAUUGCAGCCAAGGAGCAGACUGAAAAAUCCGAGGAGAUCUCACCGAAAAUGCCCAUGCCGUUAAUGGAGCCCGAUGCGGUGAUCAAAGAGGAACCCAUGGAUUUUUGCAAUGCAAUGGAGUCGCAGUCGCCGCCUCCCAUCAUCGCCGAAAAUGGUGCUAGCCCCAACAAACGAUCGGCGGAUCCCAUUCCAGCGGCCGCCUCCAGGCCCAAGCAGUCGCGUAAGAGCAAAACAAUUACCAGUACAGUAUCAGAGUCUAAUCCUACCCAGCAGCCGCUAGCCAUUAUACCACCGCUACCACCACCACCGCCGCCGCCGCCCGAGCCGAACUACAACAUGCCAUACCAGCUGCCACGGAGUAUCCUCAAGGCCCCACCGCCACUACCCACGCAACUGAGACAGCAUACGGUAGAGUCCAACGGGGACAUGGGCUCGGAUCUGGGCUUCAUACGGAAGGGCCGCCUUCACUCGGUCGUCAGUCCGAUCACCCAAAUACGCAUUUAUAAGAACCACAUACUAGCCGCCGCCGAGGAUGGGGAUAUCUACAUCUUCAACCUUCACAAUCACAAGCUCGAGCGUCAGAUCCCGAAGCACGGCGAGGCCAUCACAAACAUGCAUCUGUGCGAGAAGGAGUCAUUUCUAUACACCACAUCAUUGGACGGCUUCCUCAAGAAAUCCUCAUUGGAGAAUCUUGAGAGUGUCCAGCAAACAGUGUACGUCAAGGAGCCAUUGCAAUCUAUUGAUAUUGCCUGGGAUGCCGCAUUUAUUGGCAGUCGCUGGGGCCACAUCUUUGUCUAUAAUGUGGUGACCAACAAAAUGAUAGAAUCCCCUUUGCUCUCCACGGGCCAGUCCAUUAUAGCAGUCAAGGCCACCAAGGAAGGCCACAGGAAGAUCAUCAUACUGGGCUGCAAGGGAAACUUUGUGAAUUUCCACGAUGCGGCCACAGGUCUGUUGCUACGUCGCCUGGGCGUACCCGACGGACUGAACGUCUACAGUUUGCUGCUCAAUGACGGACAUGUCUACUGCGGCACGCAGAAGAACGAGAUCUACAAGUUUGAGUUUGCUAGUGGAAACCUGGUCACUAAGUUAAGCUGUGGUAAUGGGGCCGUGUCCAUGGUCAGCUUCAGGGACAGAUAUUUGCUGAUUGGCUGCUAUGAUGGAUUCAUUUAUGUCUUGGAUAAGCAUAAGGGCUCCCAGGUGGGCCGGUUCGAGGGUGCUGGACGCUUGGUACUGGCCCUGGCCAUAGCGGGCGACAGUAUCGUAACAUCAUCGAAGGACAACUCGUUGGAGGUGCUAGAAAUCCCCCCGGAAAUGCUAAAUGGUGGACAAAAAUGCAAUUAGAUUAAAGAUAAUAUAUAGAUCAGAUUUAAUUUAACAAUUUAACACACACAUCCUCACGCGCACUUUUCGUAUAUAACUUUACAAUCAUACUGAUUUUUCCAUCAGCGAAUAGAUGAAAAUUUUUUUUUUUUUUUGUAUUUUUUUGUACAAUUGGGCAUAAUUGUGUUUAAAUAUGAUUUUCCUUGAAGAACAUUUCUUCCGUCAUGAAUAAUAGUAAUAGAAUAAAAGAAAAAGCGCCAUUAAAAAG